GCCAGUUCCUUCCCCAUGCGUAAAACGCCUUCGCGCAGCGGAAGGACCGUGCGUGCGUGUUCGGAGCGCACGCCACGGCCCGCGAGAACGUGCGUGCGUGUUCACGCAGCUUCUGCAUCUGUGAACGUGAAAUUAGUGCGCGGUUAAAUAAACUUUCCUGAACUCUCAUGCGCGCGAAAUAAAGCGCCUCACGUCUACUGCUGAACACAAACCGUCCACACAGUGACCACACGCCCAUUUCGUCCGGAUCCGUGAUCACGAAACUAACAGUGAGACGCAGUUACAGCGAGUGAAGCCUGACACUGCUCUUUACUCGGCGCGCGCGCGCAUGAGGCUUAGGGAGGAGAGCGGACUAAGUGUGUGUGUGCGCUUUAGAAGGAGGGACGCGAAUGCCCGAGCAGCUUCCCGGCUGAACCACGCGUCCUGCCCCGGUUUGUCCUCGGCGUUUGGAAACCCGCAGCGAGGGCAGCUUGGAAAUAUGGACGAGAUCCCGAGCAACGAAAAGUCGUGCCAGACUGAAGGUUUGGACGAAAAUGCAACAGUUCUCAUGUCAGAGCAUCUCAAUCAAAUGACAGCAUACUUUAUAGAACCAGGGGACCCUCCGUUGUUGCAGAGACAGCUGCAGACAUCCAAGUCUGGCAUUCAGCAGAUCAUUGAAUGUUUUUACACAGGUACUACGCAACUGAAACACAUUUUACUCAAAGAGGUGGACACAAUAUUCGAGUGCAAGCUGUGUCGGAGCCUUUUCCGUGGCCUUCCUAACCUAAUCACACACAAGGAGUUCUACUGCAUUCCCAGGCUGCCAGAACCAGAAGAGCCCUCAGGAAACUGCAGGCAGAGUAUAGAUUUUAAAAAGCUCCUGGAAGUUAUUUAUGCUCAGCCCAAACAGGAGGAGCUUGUGGUGCAUCUGGAGCCUAUACCAGGCAACCAGAACGCUGUAUUUCAACAUCUGGCUAAACAGAGUGAUGAGGAUCCUAACUCCCCCUCCCCAUUCUCCAGCCACAGUAUGAAAGACUGGAAACUCAACCAACCUGAGAGUCAAGAGCAAACCAUUGGAGAACAUAAUGCAGUUAGAGAAAGCGAGAAUGAGGCAGAAACUAAGAGAGAUGGUAAGUUGAAGAAAGACAAAGAUGCUGAAGCUGAGGGGGAAAAGGACGAUGCAGGUGUGGAGGUGGUGACUAAUGCUAGGCUGGACGAUGUAAUUAUUACAUGCUGCCUCUGUGGCAAAGACUUUGGUUCACGGCGCAGUGUUCGCCGCCACUGCCGCGAAGUGCACAAGCAGCGGCUAGAGGAGCUUCGCAAGUAUACAGAGACUCGCACAGUGCCAAUCAGCCUGCUGUCUGUGGUAAAGGAACGACAAGUGCAGUCGUCCAGACCUAGUGGAAAAUGUUGCCCUGUCUGUUUUAAAUCCUUUGCCACCAAAGCAAAUGUCCGCCGCCACUUUGAUGAGGUGCAUCAGGGCCUCCGUCGUGACCUGAUUAUGCUUGAUACCCCCACCAAGUCAAAUGAUCUGGAAGUCAUGCCUGCUGAGCCCAGUGCCCCUCUCAAUCCUAAUGCCAGUACAAUUUCUCCACCACCCCACUACAACCUGGCCACCUGCAAGUGCCUCAAUUGCAAGAGAAGCUACAGCACACAGUCAAGGCUCAAGAGGCACAUGCGUCUUGUUCACAAGAUCCCUGCUAGCAAAAGUACUGUCUCCAGGUCCUCAACUGGCAAGAAACGCAAGUCUGAGGACGGCACUGACACCGAGCACUUACACAAGGGUCUCAAGAGGCCCCGGGAGGAGGACGAAGAUGAGAAACCGGCAGUCAUUCACAAGCCCAAGAUUUCGGUAGGCUUUGACUUUAAACAGCUCUUCUGCAAGCUGUGUAAGCGACAGUUCAGCUCAUGCCAGAAUCUUGCCAAGCACAUCGAGCUGCACACAGACAAUGGCGGUGACAUUUUCAUCAAGUUCUACCGCUGCCCCCUGUGCCUCUACCAGUCCCGCCGCAAGCGGGAUGUUCUGCGUCACAUCUCUGUCGUCCACAAGAAAAACUCUGCUUACCUGGCCAAGAUCCUGCCAGGCCUGGAGAGUCGUGCUGUGAAGAAGCCUGCGGAAACCGUGCUUGGCAGUUCAGUAAAGCAUAUCCACUCAAAAUGCCCAGAUGACCAUCACAAUGAAGACACGACAUCACCAUACAGCCUGGAGACAGACAGCUCUCCGUCUUCUGUAAUCCCAAAACAAGAGUUUCCACCUUCUUCGCCACCAGUCACGCACAGGCAAAGCCUUUCUCCCCAGAUUUCAUCCGUCGUCUGCAGCCAGACCUCGAAUGGAUUGCCGAACGGAGAAGAGGCCCAGGACAGCACUGAAGUCUGUGUCACCAAGAACUUCUCGCUACACACAUGCGACAUUUGUGGCCGUGCCUUUGCCAAGAAGGUCUACCUGGAGUCGCAUAUAAGGAGCCACCGCAAUGCAGCCAAGUCUGACGGCCAAAACGUGGGUGUGAGCACACGCUCCAAGACCCUUCUUUGGUGA